AUGAUAACCACUGCAACAACUCCAUAAACUCCAUAACAUUUGUAAAUACGGACAAAAUCAGAUAUGUCAACAGGAGGACUUUUUCUUGUAUUACUUUUCCUUCUAUUUGAGCCAUUAUUACUACAAAUCUCACCAAAAUGUGAGAAAGAAACUGACUGUCCGACUGAAAAUCAAGUUGUUUUUGGAAAAAGUACAACUGAAAUCCCACGCACGCUAAAACCUGGAGCCACUGAGGUCUUCUUUGUGGACAGUGACAUUACAUCUAUUCCAAAAGGUGCGUUUAUUGAAAAUCCUCAAUUAGAAAAAGUGGAAUUUAUGAAUGCCAAGAUAGAGUCUGUAGAGCCUGGAGCUUUUGAAGGCUUGGAUAAAGUAAUCAGUUUUGAAAUCUCCAAUAGUCCAUUAACAUCAAUCCCAGUUGGUGUUUUCAAUGAUUUUAGUAAUUUGGAGACGCUUGUGCUGAAAUUCAACAAGUUGCUUACACUCGAGAAAGGACUUUUUGAUGGUCUGAGAAAACUAAGAGAACUACAGCUGCAUGGAAAUGUCAUCCACAUAAUUGAAGACAAAGUUUUUGAUGAUCUUGGGAAACUUGAAAUGCUCCAUUUGGCUAAAAACAGUCUCUCAGAGGUGGCUACUUCCUGGUUCGCCAAUUUGACCAAACUGCAAAAGCUUCGUCUUUAUGAAAACCAGCUGACGUCCAUUCCUGAGGAUAUUUUUCAAAACUUGCCCAACCUAAAGGAAAUUACCCUGCACAGUAAUAAAAUAUCAAACCUACCACCAAAUCUAUUCCCACAUAAAGACAGACUUACCAUUCUCACUUUGGAAAAUAAUCUUUUGACUAAUUUGCCUCAAGAGUACUUUGUUGGUUUUCCUCAGCUUAAAACACUGACUCUAGCAAAGAAUCAGUUGACUUCCUUACCACCAGUGCUUUUUGGAGAAUUGCCAAAAUUAACAGACUUGAGCUUCAGUGGGAACAAUCUUAGCAGCUUGCCUAAAGGAAUCUUCACACCAUUAAAAAAAAUUAAGAAACUUGAUCUAUCCAAGAACAAUUUUGUUUCUUUGUCUCCUGAGUUUUUUGAAGGAACAAAGACUCUCACUGAGAUUAAUCUAAUGCACAACAAGAUAGUGUCACUUGAGGAAAACAUGUUUGAAAAUUUACAAACACUAAUUACGCUUAAACUGAGUGAUAACCAUCUGCAAAACCUUCCGGAAAAUAUCUUUACUCCUUUGACCAAAGUAAGAAAGCUUUUCCUUAACAACAACCCCUGGCUCUGUGACUGCAAUUUCAUACCAUUUUACAACUGGAUGAAGGACAAUGCUGACAGAAUAGCUUCUCCAGUGAAUUGUGGCCAACCAGAAAAUAUGAAAGGACUAGAAAUAUUGUCAUUAGUGGAAGAUCAGUUGAUUUGCCCAACACUCCCCCCUACCACUACUACUACUACUCUACCAACUACUACUACUACUGCUCCUAUGACUACUUCCACCCCAACAACCCAACCAACUACCACCACUACUCCGACCACACAACCCCCAACUACUGCAAGUACACAGCCUACCACAACUCCAACUGUUACUACUACUACUACUUCUCCUACUACGACUCCUCCUCCUCCUCCUACUACUACUACUCCUACUACUACCCUUACUACUCCUACUACUACUCCAACUCCUACUAGUACUACUCCUACUAUCACUCCUACCACUCCUCCUACUACCACUCCUCCUCCUCCUCCUACUACUACUAUUGCUACUACUACUACUCUUCCAACUACUACUUCUAUUACAACCACUCAACCCACUAUUACCACUACCAUACCAACAACUACUACAAUUGUAACUACACUGCCAACAAGCACUAUUGCCAUAACAACCAAACCGACAACCACUCAAUGUACCACCACAGCUGUAAUGUCAACCACUGCACUGCCCACUACUCUAAUGACUACAACUUUACGAACCACAACUAAACCUAUAACCACUUCAACUAUACUAUCAACCACUAAACUGGCCACAACCACGCCCGUGACUACAUUUAGGACUACUACUGAGUUAACUACAAUUAAAACAACUACUACACCACCAACCACUCCAAUUCUUGUCAACUAUUCCAUUCAACCAGAAACAGAAGUUCAGUCAUCUGAAGUCUACCAAUACUCAAGCAGAUUGCAACAGUGUAAAGUACAGAUGAUAAUUUAUACCUCAAUACUAAUACUGGAAGUGGUUUAUACACUGGUGCUGGGUAAAUACACGUUUUCUCUUUACCGGCUUCUUCAGAGCAGUGAGGAGGUGAGCCACUGGGUCAAACUGACUCGGUUCACGCACAGGAAGAGCGUCAUCCUGCAGCCUAUAGGGCAAGACUAUGAGAGACUGUGAGAUAUUGUAUGUAAGUUAAUGGACAUUAUAACAGUUAUUGUCUUGCAUGGUUUUAAUUUAAAUGUACAUGAUAUAUCAAAACGAAAUGUGGCUUUUUCUAUAUAUUUUAAACAAAGUAACAAUGUACAUUUGAACGUGGAGUUACAAAAAAUACUUCUGAAAUUGAAAAUGUAAUGCCUACUUUACUACUAAGCAAGGUAAAGAAAAAAUAUUUACUCAUCAUUUUCAAAAAGUUGUAAUCCAUAGACUAAAACGCUCAAUCGCUUUUUGUUUUUUUUUUUCUUCCCAUGAAAGGUAGUAUUUUCAAUUGUCCAGCAGACGGAGCUAGAGAUUUACAAUAUUUUAACCACUGGCUUUGAAAACACGCCAUGUAUACACAUUUGUUAAUGUGCUUGAAUUAAUAAAAUAUGAGUUUGUUAAUCAG